UAUAAAAACAUUUAUUGCCAAAUUUGAAAAGAUUUCUUUGAGGAAUACCCUUAAAUCGUAAACUAUCACAUUUGUCUACCUAUAUUCACAUUAAACCAAAAAAAAAAAAAAAACCCUAAUUGCAGCCUUGGUUUUUCUGAAGUUUUAGAGAAAUGACGACGACGAUGUCAAAUCUUCCAGAGGUUUUGGUAGAAGAGAUUAUCUCCAGGGUUCCCAUUACAUCUCUUGGAUCAUUCCGAUCAAGCUGUAAAAAAUGGGAGGCUUUAUCGAAAACCCAUCUUUUAGGUGGUAAAGCAGCAGAAGUAACCACAAGGAAGCAGUUACUAGGGUUUAUCCUAGUUGAUGACAAGAUCUGUUCGAUGAAACUCGAUCUACAUGGAAUCACCAAAGACGGCGAUGACUUUGUUGACACAUCAGUGAAUCAAGUAAGUGCACUUGAUCUUGAUGAAUUGUCGAUAUCUCAAAUCUUUCACUGCGACGGCUUAUUGCUAUGCGUCUUCAGCAAGAGGCUCAUGGUGUGUAACAUGUACUUGGGACAAACGAGGUUUAUCAAACCCCGUCGCUUGUUCGAGAGAUUCGAUAAAUCAGGCGUGUAUGCUUUCGGAUAUGAUGAUAGCAGCAAAAACCGUAACCACAAAAUCUUGAGAAACAAGUCUGUUGGUGGUGGUUACGAAAUCUAUAAUUUCAGAUCCGAUUCAUGGAAGGUUCUUAAUGUUGAUCUCGAAGAAGAUACACAGCUUGAUCAACAAGGAAGCUUGUCUUUGAAGGGAAAUGCUUACUUUUUGGUGACAAAGACAUUUGAAGAGACACUUGAAGUAGGAGAAGACUUAGAAGAAGCGAUGGUAUCAGAAGAGACUGAAGAAUUUUUACUCUGUUUUGACUUCACAACAGAGAGAUUUGGACAGCUUCUGUCUCUGCCGUUUCACUCUGAAGUUGAUGAUGACGGAGUUCGAGAAGACAAUGUGGUUUUAUCUUGUGUUAGAGAUGAGCAGCUUGCCGUGUUACAUCAAAGUGACACGACAAUAGGUAUUUGGAUUUCCACUGAGAUCGAGCCCAAUGCGGUGUCGUGGAGAGAGUUUUUGGAAGUGGACUUGACGACGGUUGAUGGUUUUCCGGAUGACUUCAAAGCUGGGAGCUUCUUCGUUGACGAGGAGAAGCAAGUCGCCGUAGUUUUUGAUCAAGAGACCGAGGCCGGUGGCAACCACACAGCUUGCAUCAUUGGAAAAGAUGGAUACUUCAACUCUGUGAAUGUUGGAGAUAUUCCGCCCCCAUACUUCACUUCUUAUGUUCCAAGCUUAGUGUCAUUGCAAAUCAAGAAGAAGGGCAAAAGAAAAGCAAGAGAUUAUUAGAUGGUUUCAUUUGCAAUACUUUAUUUGUUUCUAUCACCCAUUUGUUUCAGUCAUUUACUUUCUUCUCCUUUUGAACAAGAGUACUAAAGAAUUCUGUUUUUGCAUGUUCCAUCUUCUUUCUGAUUUCUGCCUCAUUACUUACUUGUUUCUGUGAUCA